UGGCGCCGGGAGGGCGGGCUGAGCGCUUAGCAGGCGAGGCGGGACGGCGUAGCUGUUGCCGGGACGAUGGCGGGGACGGCGCUCAAGAGGCUGAUGGCCGAGUACAAACAAUUAACACUGAAUCCUCCAGAAGGAAUUGUGGCAGGCCCUAUGAAUGAAGAGAAUUUUUUUGAAUGGGAGGCCUUGAUCAUGGGCCCAGAGGACACCUGCUUUGAGUUUGGUGUUUUUCCUGCCGUCCUGAGUUUCCCACUUGAUUACCCGUUAAGUCCCCCGAAGAUGAGAUUUACCUGUGAGAUGUUUCAUCCCAACAUCUACCCUGACGGAAGAGUCUGCAUUUCCAUCCUUCAUGCUCCGGGUGAUGACCCCAUGGGCUACGAGAGCAGCGCCGAGAGGUGGAGCCCAGUGCAGAGCGUGGAGAAGAUCCUCCUGUCGGUGGUUAGCAUGCUGGCAGAACCCAAUGAUGAAAGUGGAGCGAACGUGGAUGCUUCCAAGAUGUGGCGAGAUGACCGGGAGCAGUUUUACAAGAUCGCCAAGCAGAUCGUACAGAAGUCUCUGGGGCUCUAAGGCCUCGCCCACGCGAGCACACAGACGUGUGCCCCACGCGUGCGUGCCAGCACACGCCACCAAGCAGUUUCCAGUGUUUCUUCUCUGGAACACUUAGUGACAUUGGCACUCUGUGCUAGUACCAAAAAAGGCAAGCUUGCAGA